UCAUCAUUAUCCAUUGACCAUCAAUUGUACAAUCAUCAUUUUGUUAAAAGACGUUCAUUAACUAUCAAAGAUGUUACAUCAAAAGAAGACAAUGUUGCUAAAAAACAACAUAAAGAAUCAAAUAAUGGACCAAUAAUGUUGCCAUUGAUUGAUGCACAACUCGAAAAUGAACCAAUAAUACAUGUGAUCGGUUGGGAAGGAACCAGAACAUUAUUACCAUGUAAUGUUUCAUUGAAUAAUCAUUAUCAUAAUGAUUCGAUUGAUCUGAUAUUAUGGUUUCGUGGUCAAGAACAACGUGCAUUAUAUUCAAUUGAUGCUAGACGUACAUCGACAAUGCAACGUGCAAAACAUUUUACCGGUGAUGAUAUGCUUGGUUCAAGAGCUUUUAUCGAUCUAAGUACACGACCAAGUAGUUUGAUUAUUGAUUCAGUCAAAAUUGAUGAUUCGGGUGAAUAUCGUUGCCGUGUUGAUUUUCGUCGUUCACCAUCUGAGCAUCGUUCAAUUCUGUUGGAUGUUUUGAUACCACCAAAAGAAGUGAUCAUUAUGGAUGAAUUCGGUCAACGUCUGAAUGAUCCAAUCACCCCGUUCAAUGAAGGUGCACAUCUUAAUCUUAUCUGUGAAGCUGAAGGUGGAAAACCAAGACCAUUAUUAUAUUGGUAUCGUAAUAAUCAACUAAUUGAUGAUCAAUGGACAAUUACUGCACAGGGAAUUGUUCGUAAUGAAUUAUUCAUACCAAAAUUACAACGAAAUGAUCAAGGAUCAUUACUUAGUUGUCAAUCAUUAUUUAAUGUUUCGAAUGAAUCCAUUUCGGAAAUGUUUGAGACAAAAAUUUCAUCACCAGCAACGACAACAACCAUGACAACAACAACGACCAAUUCUGCCAUUCAAUCAUCAUCUUGGAAUCCUCGUGAUCCUGAUCAAAUAAGACAGGCAAUGUUGGCCAAUCAUUUAUUUGUUGGACAUAUUCUUGACGAUGACAACAACAACAAUGAUAAUAACAACAAUUCAGUCAGACAAAAACAUAAAAAUUUAUUUCGAUUAAAACAAUCACAAAGUAGCAUCCUAUUGGAACUUAAUCUCCGUCCAUUGAAUGUGCGUAUAACAACUGUACAUCGUCCAUUGAUUGAUGGACAAAUGAUUGUAAUCAAUUGUGAAUCGGAUGGUGCUCGGCCACCAGCAUUAUUAUCAUGGUGGAAAUCAUCCAAACGUUUAGAACAUUCAGUUACGGAAGAAAUCGAUUUGACAAAUGAUAAUCGUACAUUGAGUACAAUCAAAUUUUUACCCACCAUGAAUGAUAAUGGUAAAAUUCUGAGCUGUCGUGCUGAUCAUCCAGUAUUACCGGAUUCUUCGCUUGAAGAUUCUUGGAUCCUGAAUGUAUUAUUUAAACCAAAAUUGACAAUAUCAUUCGGUGCUACAAUUCAACAUGAUAAUAUUCAUGAACAUUCAAAUGUUUCAAUUGAAUGUCAUAUUUUAUCUAAUCCGAUUGUUACCGAAAUUGGUUGGCUAUUUGAUGGAAAACGUUUGUCAACAACAUUUUCAAAUACAAAAUCAACAAUUCAUCAUCGUGAUUGGAAUGAUUCUUGGAUUGAAUUCAAAUCAAACACAUUAUUCAUAUUCAAUAUUGAUCGAAAACAUUCUGGUCGUUAUCGUUGUAUGGCUGCCAAUGUUCAAGGUGAAAGUUAUAGUGAUGAUAUUCUACUCAAAGUUCAAUAUCGACCAGUUUGCUCACGUGGCCAACGUAAUUUAUUUGGUGUUGCACAACGUGAACCACUUCAAGUGCCUUGUCAGGUUGAAUCCGAUCCAGAAGAAGUAACAUUUCGUUGGAUGUUCAAUAGUUCCCAAUCAGAAUCAAUGAUGAUGAUUCCUAUCGAUACGUUUCAAGUUCGUCCAUCAUCAUCAUCUAGUAAAAGUCGUCAAUCGAUUGCACGUUAUGAACCAAAAACACGUUAUGGUUAUGGACAAUUAUUAUGUUGGGCAACAAACAAACUUGGUGAACAAUUGGAACCAUGUCGUUUUGAUAUAAUACCAGCGGGACAACCGCAAUCAUUACAAAAUUGUUUAAUACGAAAUCAAAGUUCCGAUGGUAUCAUUGUUCGAUGUCAGCCAGGUGAUGAUGGUGGUCUGGAUCAACAAUUUCAUCUAGAAAUUUUUCAAGCUGAUCGUGGACAAAUGAUUGCCAAUCUAACUAACAACAAUAUCGAAAUCGAUAAUGGUGGUGGUGAAAAUUUUGGCCAAUUUUUAUUCGAAAAUAUUUUCAAUAACAAUUCUAUUACCGAUCUUACAGAUAAUGGUAUAGCAUCGGCUAACCCGUUACAAUCAAAUAAUCAAUACGUUGAAUUUAUUGUUGGUGAUAUUCCUAUUUCAACAACAUAUGUUCUUUUGUUAUAUGCAUCCAAUGCUAAAGGUCGUAGUAAUUAUGUAACACUUUCGGCUACAACAAUGUCACCCGGUAGUCGUGGAUCAGAAUUUCUAAAAUUUACAGCUGAUUUUGGUAUCAAACCCAUGAUGUAUCUUUUAAUCACUGUUGUUAUUGGAUUAGUCAUUUCAGCAAUAAUCAUUAUGAUUGUAUCGAAAAUUCGUACUAUCAAUCGAUCUAAAGGUCGUCAUCGAUCAUCAACUUUACAAUUAUCAUCAAAAGCUAAUAAAUCAGUGAUUAAACAAAUAUCAAAUGUUGAUUACAAUAAUGAUAAUAAUAACAAUAUUAAUUUGGAUACAUUCUCCUCCGCUGUACAUUCAUCAUCACCAAUGAAAUUAGACAAUCAUACCACAAAUGGAAACGAUGAUGAUAAUUUGAAUCUUCAUCAUCCAGUAACGUUAUUAGAUUUGAACGCAACGAAUUCAAACAUUAUGCAUCAAUCAUCAUCACAACAACAAUCACCAUUCCAUGAUGAUCAUUGUUUAGGAUCAUUGUUAGGUGCCAAUCAUAAUUCAAGUUUAAAUACCUCAUUAUCGCAUCAUUAUGGAACAAUGCCCAUCAAUCUUAAUCAUCAUCGUCAUAAUGAUGAAUCUUCUAAACAUUGCCAACAAUCUCAUCAUCAUCAUCCGCCGCUCAAUGUGAUAAUAAAAAAUCCUCUAAUGGAACAUUUAAGCCAUAGUAGCCAAUCACCUUCAUCGAUUGAUUCAUUACCAUCGCAACCACCGCCAAUGUAUCAUACGGUUUAUGCUUCCGAACAAACCGCAUCAACAUCAUCUGCUGAUCCAUUUUUUUCCAUACAUCCUUAUCAUCAUCAAUCACGAUCCGAAUCGAAUGCCGAUGAUCAAACAACAACACCAUUACAUUUGCUUAUGGAUGUUUCAUCUUAUUAUCAACAUAAUCAGGAUAAAUUAUCAAAUCAAUCUAGCCAUACAGCUUUGUUACCAUCAUCAUCAUCUGAUCAUUAUCACAAUCAAACAAUUGGUGGUUCGAUAACAUGGAGUCAAGCCGAAACAUUGCCACUAGGUGGUGGAACUGAAAGUCGAAAUGAUAUCGAUCAUUCUCAUCAUCAUCAAAUCGGUGGAUUUCUUUCGCCAACAUCCCCAAUUUCAACAUUAUCUGUGCCUUUUCCAUUUAAUCAACCAUCACAGCUUGAAUUAGGAUCGACAUUGAUAACAAUGGAUGAGCAACAACAUCUUUUUGAAUCUUCAAAUAAUGAUGAUCAUCAUAAUCAACAAGAUCAACAACAACCAACGACAUCAUCAACAGCUGUUUGAAUUCUAUUCUAUUCUAUUUUUCGCGAUUAAAUGCUCAGUUUUCCACAGUAAAAAAUUGUAAAUAUAUUCAUCCUAUCCUCUUUCGUUCCUGUAUAAAUAAUUUAAAA